UAGACAAAGACAAAAUAUAUUCAACACAGCAAUGAUGCAUAAGCUGGUAUUCUGCUGUCUCAUUAUUAUCGGCUUCUCCUAUCCUCUCUCGUCUCUCCCCAUCAUCAAUGCCAGUGAGAUGUCUUAUCAACUCUCAGCUGAUGAAGAUUCAAGAUUAAAUCCAGAGCAGUUGGGCAGCCUAGGAAGCACUUCCCUGCUUCAGUUUCUGCCAGAGCUCUUGGGCACACUGACUGAAGACAACAAAGCAGGUCUUAGUCCCAGCAGCUACAACCCAAGGGAAAAUAUCAAAGAGACUUUCUAUGGAAAUCAUCCUCGAAUUGCUUUGCUGGGCCGCUUCUUGACCAAGGACAGGAAACAGUACAAGAAACGUGGGAAUCUCUCCGAGUGCUUCUGGAAAUACUGUGUGUAAACAGGAGAAGAAACUCUCCCUGACUUUGGUUGCAUAAUUUAUACAGAUGUCUGAAAACAUGUAUAUAGAUUUGCUUGAUUUAAAAUGAGAAUGAAGAAACAUGAAGACAGCUCCUAACUUUAGACUCUAUGCUACUUGGAAAUUAAUAAAUUCUUGAUGUUUUGCAA